AUGGAUCCCGACGCAAGCGUACCGGUCGAUGAGCCAUCUGUCUUCAACUACGUCCUCUCCUUCCUCCUCGUCGGAGUAGCAUGGGGCUUCACGACGCCAUUCAUCCGACGCGCCGCAGCGGACUUUAACGCACGGCAGGAAGCACACCAGAAAUCCCAGGCACAGACGGUGCCGGAGACGCAAUCAGCGCAGUCUACGACGGAGCUACAGGAUCAAAGCCCCACGGCAACCAGCGCCACAAAGAAUGGAGACGAAACCGAAGAGCGCCCAGAAGAGGAAUCUGAAGAGGAAUCGGGAGAGGAGGACCAGCCUCUCACGUCGAAUGCGCGUUCCAGAACAGCUGCAGCUGCAGAUGCAGGAAGUAGCACUCCUGUUCCGGCGUGGAUGAAACCAAAAUCGACAUCCUCAUGGCUCCCGACCAAGAUCGUGACGGUCUUCUGGACGGUUGUUAAUCUCCUCCGCACGCCGGCGUAUUCCAUCCCGCUUGUUAUCAAUUUGACGGGAAGUGUUUGGUUCUUUUUGUUGGUUGGGAAGCAUGAAUUGUCGUUAACUGUUCCAUUGGCGAAUUCGAGUGCAUUCCUCUUCACCGUCCUCGGGGAGUGGUAUGUUGAGCGCAAGGUCAUUGAGAAAGAGACAUGGUUGGGGAUGGCGCUUGUCCUGGGCGGCAUUGGGAUAUGUGUGCACUCGAAGAACCUGAGUUAG